AUGAGAUCCGCUAGACUAUUUAUCGCCCUGGGUGCGGUAUUCACAUUCCUGUUUGUGUUUGCAGUACGAAACACUGAUUCCGACACGUUUAAACGAUUCACAACGACGCCAGUUGAAGAAGAAACUACAACUGAAGAAGGUGAAUCGUAUGAACAAGAUCCCUAUGUACCAGGUAUGACGCCUGAAUUGAACUCCAAACUACAAAAAUACAAGCGAGCCAAUGCUACUUUUGUCACUUUGGCGCGAAACGAGGAUCUCGAGCACCUGUUGCCCAGUAUCCGAUCUAUUCAAGACAGAUUCAACUCGAGAUACCACUACGACUGGGUAUUCCUCAACAACAAGGAGUUCUCUGACGAGUUCAAGAUUCUUACCAGCCGUCUUAUUACCGGAGAAGCCAAGUACGGUCUUAUUAAUGAGAGUCACUGGAGUUAUCCUGACUGGAUUGACCAGAAAAAGGCCGCCGAGACAAGAAAGCAGAUGAAGGCUGAUGAUAUCAUCUACGGAGAUAACGAGCAGUACAGACACAUGUGUCGAUUUGAGAGCGGAUUCUUCUUCCACCACCCACUGAUGCAACAGUACCGAUACUACUGGCGUGUCGAGCCCGAGACUAACUUAUACUGUGAUAUCAACUACGACGUGUUCAAGUUCAUGAAGGACAACGACAAGAAGUAUGGCUGGACCAUUUCCAUCACCGAGUUCGAGGCCACCAUCAAGACCCUGUGGAAGACCACCAAAGAUUUCCUCAGCCAGUACCCCGAAGCUCUUCACGAGAACCGACUUGAGAAGUUUGUGUCGUUCAACAACCUCGACACGUACAGUCUGUGUCACUUCUGGAGCAAUUUCGAGAUCGCCGACAUGGAAUUCUGGCGUGGCGAGACCUACUCUAAGUACUUUGAGCACCUCGACAAGGCCGGUGGGUUCUUCUAUGAGCGAUGGGGCGAUGCGCCCGUCCACUCUAUCGCUGCCUCGCUCUUCCUUGACAAAGAUGAUAUCCACUAUUUCGAUGAUAUCGGAUACCGACACCCACCUUUCUACCACUGUCCGGCCGACCAGAGCCAAAAGGGACUCAGCUGUGCCUGUAUGCCCGAAAAGACCUUCGACUGGCACGGAUCCAGCUGUCUCCGCGACUACCUCCGCGCCAAAGACAUCAAAUUCGACGAAGAGUAUAAUAAAAAGAAGACAACUUAG